AAAAAAGCUUUCUACGCUUUGUUGCUUUCGGCCCAAAGAGAUUUUGUCACUCAAGCCCCCGGAGUUUCUAUUGCAAAUGUGUGGACGGGGGAAUUUCAUGUUGAACUUGCUCAGACUCGUCCUGAUCUACUCGAGGGUCGUUAACUUUGCGGGAUUUUUUUUUCUAAAUUUAGAGACGGCCACACCUGUUGUUGCUGUUGAAACGCCACAUGUAUAGCCAGCCGCCAGUGAAUCGUCGUUUCUUUUAAGGUGCAAACGUUUCAGUCAACGUCUCCGAAUGGCAAGGACAAGAUAUUUGAGCAAGUGAUUCGAGCUCACCAGCUUGAAAAGAAAAAAGGAGAAAUUGUGCACUUUUUGGACAAGAAGGGGGAUAAAGGUCGCUAAAGUCUAGCUAACAAGUGGGCAGUCAACUGACAGCAUUUAGCCCAUUGGUGUCCAAAUCGGAGGGCCACCAUCCCGCAUGAUUGAGAUGUUUCUUUCCAUCCUUCCACACAACUUGGCUGCUGGGCUGAACUUGGUCGCGCUGCUUACUUGGGGAAAGAGAUGGAAGAUUUACCAAACUCAUCCGAAUUGGACACUUGUGUUCUGAUUGGCUGUUAAAGUAAGAGAAGCAGGAAGUGAUUUUAGUUACGGGGGUUGUGUUCUGGGACGUGCUGCGGUGCGGACGUUUAUUUUUUAUUUUUUCUCCUUUUAUUAAACUACAUUGAAGGAUUCCAUCUGUCCAUCUGUCAUUCGCAAAAAAGAGCCAUCCACUGAAAAACAACGAACCCUUCAACUUACACGUGUGUGACCCUUCAAGCCAUCGUGUGAGUGCAAACACUCACGAGAAGGAAAUUAGACCGGAUCAUUCUCGAGAUAUUCCGAGAAACGAUGACAUUAAAACUUGGACAACGAACCCUCCCUUGACUGUUAAUUGAUGUUCGCUUUCGGAGACUCUUCUGCCACACAUUUGGAUCGGCCCGGCUCGGGCGCCCGAGUGGCCGUUUCCCAAGCUGAAGGUCCUCCAUCGAUCCUUGAGCGACUCUGCAAUAUUUGCUGAUUGGCUGAAAAGCUGAGCGCCGCUCGCCCCGCUCAGCAUAAAUUGCGAGCGUCGGCUUCGUCCGUCGGCGGCGCGGUGGGUGAACACUUCGGGAAGGAAUUUUGUCACUCGAGAACUUGACUCCAGUCAUAAGCCCAUGGCUUCCGCCGCACAGCGCAGUUGCAUUUGGAUGUUGGUCCUGGGAGCGUGCGUGUCCCCGGCGGUCGGAGCCCAAUGCGCGAAGGAGUGCGCGCUGUGCGUCUACCGCCUGCUCGGACAACGCGCGGCCUUCUCCGCUUUGACAUGCUCACUUGAGUGUGAUGGUGAGGUGGACCGUGAGAAGCUCCGCCUCUGCUGGGACAUCCUCCUGGAGGGAGGAAAUCCGAUUCCUUCGGACGGGGACCUACGACCACAAGAAGAACCGGAAGCAGCCGGGCUCAUUCUGAGCAAUGACCGAGAGGCGACGUCGGCGGGACACCGGCUGGCCAAGAAAUACGGUGGCUUCAUGAAGCGCUACGGGGGCUUCAUGUCUCGCCGCUCGUUUUCUGAAGCCUUGCCAGAUGAUUCCGCAAAGCGAGAUGAGGAAGAAAAAAUCCGGCUCGAAAUCCUGAAGGUCCUGAAUACGGUGCCCGAGCAGAGCACAGAGGGGGUCCAUGAGGAUGGCGAACAAGGGCGAGAUGACGGGCGAGAUCCGGGCGAUCUGCUGGAGGCGGUGUUAGACCGCGGCUUGAGGAAGCGUUACGGAGGCUUCAUGAGGCGGGUGGGCAGGCCCGAGUGGCUGGUGGACGGCAACAAGAACGGGGGAGUAUCAAAGCGCGCGUGGCAAAAUGCCGAGCUUCACAAAAGGUAUGGGGGCUUCAUGGACUAGGAGGACUCAAGCCCACAAAGCCCCCCGCCCCACCCCCUUCACUUCUGGCUCCUCGAAUCCCAUCUCAUCAAGCUUCCACCACCCUUCUGGCUUUGUAGAAAGCCGAUUUUGUUGCUUCAGUGGCUCCAGUGGUGACAUAAAAUAGAUGCAUUCUGUCAAAAUCGAUAUCUGCCUGUUUUCAAGUUGAAGACAUUAUUUAUUAAAAUAUUGUGUUGAUUGAA